AUGGCGUUCACAAGACUUGGUGAAAGACGCUAUGAAACAUACAAAAUGGCGUCCGCGUUAGCAACAAUGUACCAACACUUCCCUCAUUAUAAUAACAAACGAACUAAAACAUCUGAAGCUCGACUAACACAACACAACAACACAACAACUAGUCUGGUGCUAGCAGAACAGAACACAACACCAACUAGCCUGGUGCUAGCAGAACAGAACACAACACCAACUAGCCUGGUGCUAGCAGAACACAACACAACACCAACUAGCCUGGUGCUAGCAGAACACAACACAACAACUAGUCUGGUGCUAGCAGAACAGAACACAACACCAACUAGCCUGGUGCUAGCAGAACACAACACAACACCAACUAGCCUGGUGCUAGCAGAACACAACACAACACCCACUAGUCUGGUGCUAGCAGAACAGAACACAACACCAACUAGCCUGGUGCUAGCAGAACACAACACAACACCAACUAGCCUGGUGCUAGCAGAACACAACACAACAACUAGUCUGGUGCUAGCAGAACAGAACACAACACCCACUAGUCUGGUGCUAGCAGAACAGAACACAACACCUACUAGUCUGGUGCUAGCAGAACAGAACCCAACACCAACUAGCCUGGUGCAAGCAGAACAGAACACAACACCAACUAGCCUGGUGCUAGCAGAACACAACACAACAACUAGUCUGGUGCUAGCAGAACAGAACACAACAACUAGCCUGGUGCUAGCAGAACAGAACACAACACCAACUAGCCUGGUGCUAGCAGAACACAACACAACAACUAGUCUGGUGCCAGCAGAACAGAACCCAACACCAACUAGCCUGGUGCUAGCAGAACAGAACACAACACCAACUAGCCUGGUGCUUGCAGAACAGAACACAACACCAACUAGCCUGGUGCUAGUAGAACAGAACACAACACCAACUAGCCUGGUGCUAGCAGAACACAACACAACACCAACUAGCCUGGUGCUAGCAGAACAGAACACAACACCAACUAGCCUGGUGCUAGCAGAACAGAACACAACACCAACUAGCCUGGUGCUAAUAGAACAGAACACAACACCAACUAGCCUGGUGCUAGCAGAACAGAACACAACACCAACUAGCCUGGUGCUAGCAGAACACAACACAACACCAACUAGCCUGGUGCUAGUAGAACAGAACACAACACCAACUAGCCUGGUGCUAGCAGAACAUCACCUAUAG